AUGCAGGCCUAUCUGCCUGAUGCUGGAUUCGAAUAUGUCGUUACGCAUCGGUACCGGACGGCACGCCUACAACGACUUCAGUUCCUAAAUACAAUGUCAGAUGAAGCCCGAUUCAGUGCACAUCUUAUACCUGGCCGUUCGGAUCUGUGUGUAAUGGCUGUGCGUUCGUUCCAGCCUGAUGAUAUCAUCACCUAUUGCACUGCCGCCCUGAAGGAUCUCACGCAUCAGGAGGAUCAAGCUCUGCGUGAAGAGGCAGCCGAAGCUCGUGAGGCAGAUUUGCGUGAUGGUCAUCUGCGACCUCAACGUGACUUCUCCAUCAUUCGCUCGUCGCGUCGAAAGUGCAGUCAGCUAUUGUUGGGCCCGGCUCGUUUCAUCAACCAUGAUUGUCGCCCGAAUGCGGAGUUCCGGCGUUCUGGUCACAUCCUGACGAUUCGUUGUAUCCGGCCGAUCCAGUGCAACGAGGAAAUCACGACCUACUACGGUGACAACUACUUCGAGUGGCAGAACAAGGAAUGCAUGUGUGCGACUUGCGAGCGGCUUGGUCAAGGCUUUUAUGCUCAACUACGCCCCGCCUUGCCGAAACCUGCUGCUGACCUGGAAACCCGCCGAGACACUAACCAAUGUCAAGAUGUGCCACAUCAUGAAGAUGCUCGUCGCAUGCUGCGCUCAGCCUCCGCUCGCACCGCAGCGGCCAAAGAGUCCGUUUCCACGUCCGCGCAAACUAUUGCAUUCCAAGUUGACCCUGAUGCUAGUGGUCCUGUGUGUGAAUGUGCCACUUGUCAUGCGCAAUUCCGUGCACCUGAAAAAUGGUGGACGCCUGACGAGUGCGCUCGAUGUGAGCGUCAUUACAAGCUCUUUAAGUGUGAUUGGCCGCACCGGAAGCCGAGAGAAAAUCCUGCUGAACAAACUUCGAGCUCUCGUGCUCCUAAACGUUCGUCGAAACUUGUUGAUAAACCGCCUCGGCUGCCCAAAAAAGCUCGACACACUUCCAACGCACAGCUUUCAUCGUCACCAGUGAAACUUAGCCCUGUCCAUGAAAAGCCGCUUGAGUCGUCGAGUGAGUCAGACUCUCUAUCGACCGCAUCCAGUCCAUCAAGUCGCCACGAUCUCAGCACAGAUCAGGAUCAGGCUCACCGCAUACCCACACCGCCGGCUCCACGGAUCUUAGGACAUGGUGCGAGUACUGAUGUCUUGGCAGCUUAUUGGGGUGCUCCUGAGGGCGAGCGCAAGCGACGCCGUCGCCCUACUAACAUGUCUUUGACCUUGCUGAGCAAUCGCGCGGUUUUAGACGAGUCUAAACAGCCGUUGUCCUCUUCACACAGCUCACGGAAAACUCGCUCUCAAGAUUCAAGUCCCUAUGAUAAAAGGACUGCUCAUGUUCCGCCGGUCUCACGAAGCAAGUGCAAGUCAUCACUACCAUCGUCAUUACAGACAGCCGCAAGUCCAAAUGGUGGUUUCGAGUCAAAGCACAUGCCGAACGUGCCUCUGCAGUGCAGCAGAAAUAUGAUGGAAUGUUCAGAGGCAGAAGCACAAGUGCAAGAUAUGCGAACUGCUGCAGGCCAGGGACCUGAAUGUAAGUCUGUCAGUGUGCACGAGCACGAGUCUAAACCUUUGGUCAAGCAAAGAGCAAAUGCAGGACUUGAGCGGGCAUCAGGAUCAGAAUCAAACUCUGCAUCUGCGUCCAAGUGCACGUUAGAAUGUAACGAUGUUACUAAGAGUCAAAGUAAAUCGUCGGUGCAUCAACAUAACACAACAAGUGACAACGCUUCUGAUCCUGGCCAGCGCAAAUCAAGUCCCAAAAUUGCCACGCAAGGUCCUGAGCGUACGUCUGUGUUGAACCUAGCUCUGUUUUGGUCUGGUGGUGUCGAGGGCCGCACUAGAAGACAAGCACGUCAAGCCCAUUUAUGUCGCAGAACGCCGCCUCCCUCACCUGGCUCGCCCCAAGCUCGCACUGAUGCACCGAUGUCGAGCGCUUCGACUCCAUAUCAGAUCAAGCAAGAGUCUUGUCCUGCGACGCCAGAACCUCCAGCGCCCUGUCUACAACGCUCGCCAGAAGAAACGUUAUCAUACCCCUCAACUCAUGCGCCCAGUUUGAUUCAUUCGAAUUGUCAACCGACCGUUGUGCCUCCUGGCGCGCCUGUACGUCAGCCAGUGCGGCGCAAUCUGCGCUGGGGCAGUGGCAAGACCAGCACGAGUCGGCCACCCACUCAAGCAGCACCUUUGCGCGUCGCUUGGCCCUCUUUGAUGAAAGCUGAACCAUCGGGCCCGAUUACGUCCGCAUCUCAACACACUUCUUAG